CCGCGGCGUGUGCCGGCGACCGUGGGCGCACCUAGUGCGAACGCGAGGCCGCUGGGCACCUUUAGGCCACCAGCAACCGAAGUGAAGAGGUUGACGGAGAAGGAAAUGGCACGGAGACGUGAGAAGGGGCUGUGUUUCCGGUGCGAGGAAAAGUACACGCCGGGACAUCGGUGCAAGCAGAAUUACUUGAUCGAGUUUGUGGACUCGGAUGACGAGGAGCCGGUGAUCGAAGAAGAACGAGAGGUGGAGGUCGAGGUGCUCGAUGAUGAGGCCGAGAUAUCUGUACACGCCAUGGUGGGCACCAAGGGAUCGAGGACGAUGCGUUUGCCGGCGUGGGUGAAGGAUCAGCGAGUGACUGUGCUCGUGGACAAUGGGUCGUCGCACAACUUCAUUAAUGCGACGCUAUCUCACAAGCUUAAACUACCCACGUCCAUGGUCGAGCCAUUCGAGGUGCGGGUGGCUAAUGGAGAGAGACUGCGGUGCUCGAAGGUGUACCGAGGCGUGCCAAUCAAAUUUGAAGGAGUAACGGUAAAGGCGGACCUGUUUGCCUUACCAUUGGUGGGACCUGAUGUGGUGCUUGGUGUGCAAUGGCUCGAAGGGCUCGGUGACGUAACGACCAACUAUCGGAAGGGCGUGAUGAAGUUCGAGACCGAUGAUAGGUUGGUUACCUUGAAAGCGAGCGAGGGAUCGACCAAGGAGGUUGGUCUAAAAAGCAUCGAGAAG